AUGGACUCGUUCGCGGGAUCAGGCACGUGGCCACACAAUGGUGGUCGUCCACCCAAGGCGAAGACUAGGGCUUUGAUUGCCUGCUUCAUCUUCGUGGCACUUGCUGUCAUGGAGAGCUUGUCGUAA